AUGCUUGGUGCACAACAAACUGAAAUGAUUGAUAUCACUAAAGAGCCGUUGUCGUCUUUUAUUGCAAAUAAUUAUCGAACAGUUGAAAUUAUUGCUUAUAUGAAAAGCUUAUGUGAUGACACGAAAACAUAUAAUCGUAUGAGACUAAUGCUACUCGGCAGUGAACAAACAGGCAAAACAUCACUCCUUCAAGCGUUUAAACGCGAAAAUUAUAUCAGUAACAAUAACAAUACACAACAACUUCAACGAAAAAAAUCCACAACAAUUCGAAAUUUUCCAAUUGUUGAUAUAUCCGAAUGGAUCUACGAUAAAACUCCUCGUACAUCAUUAGGUCCAAUUACGUUUCGUACUUGGGAUUUUGGCGGACAGCAUGAAUUUCAAUCGAUUUAUCAAUAUUUUUUUACACGACGUACUCUUUAUCUAAUCUGUUGGAAAAUGAAUGAUAAGUUUUUUCUUGAUAACUCUGGCUUUUGUUUUCCUCUUGUCUAUUCCUGA